AUGUCCCACGUUGAUAAGAGCGAGCGAAGACGGCAAAAUGGCCAGGAAAGAGAUAGCAAUGGAAAUAUUGGGAAUGGAAAUACACACAAGACUCGAGCAGAAAGAUACCGCAAUAAUUAUACAAACAACAAGAAGAAUAUUUCACCGAAGGUUAGGAUUGUUUUACCAAAAUAUUUCUUGACAAGCUGAUCUGAUUAUGUCAUAUAUUUUCAAAUAGAAUAUUGAUCAACUAUCACAAUCGUAUUAAAUUGAAAUAUAUUGUUGAUAUGCACCAGAUAUGAAUAUAUUGUGCUUUAAUUAAAAUGGCCUGAUUUUUGUAAUCUAUUGCAAGUAGAGACCACUAGAGACAAGUCAUUUCUCUAGAGUGGACAAAUUUGGACUACAGAUCGAGUCUGUGUAUAAAAUGACUAGCAAACGGACACAUCUGAUUGUUAAUAUUGUUAUAAAUUAUUUAUUAUGUGAAAUUGACAAAUCCCAUGGGACCUUUUGAUUGGACACUAUAAACAUUAAAGCUUUUAUUUGGUGUGGACGUAAUCAAUAGAAUAAGAAAGUUAGGAAACUUGAUGCAGGCAUAAUAGGCUUCAUUAUCUAUGUUUUGGUUUAUGCAAGAAUAAAUAGGCUUCAUUAUCUAUGUUUUGGUUUAUGCAAGAAAUGGUCAGUUCAUCGCCAUGUGUGUAUUGUAUUUUCGCCAGAGCAACCAACAAACCAUUGUGUAUUAGUAUUUUUGCACAAGUGAACAUAACAAAUCCUACAAGGUGAUUGUUCAAAUUUGACGUAUUAAUCUGUUAUAUUCACCCACAGGUGAAUAUAACAAAAUUGAAAUUUUCAAAAUGGCGGCUAGCCGUUUUGUUGAAGUUAGUGAUAAAGAAAUAAGCGAAAUUAAAAUGAAUUCAGGCCAGAAAAAAAAAACACAAAAAAACUUGUGCAAAAAUACUAAAACAAUUAUUCGUCUCAGGCUCGGUGAUUAUCGGGGAAUAUUCACCGCGACUUUGUUAAAUAUCACGACUGGGUAAUUAAACCAACAUAUCAAGAUUUUAUUGGCAUCUCACUCGAUUCAAUAAUAGUUGAAGGGUCCAAAAGAUGGAAAUUAUUGAGUGUAAAUUAAUUUAUAUACAUUUUUCAGACCUAACCAGGAACAGCUGCAAAAAAUGCAACCUCAGGAAUCGAACCUGUGGUGUGUGACGAUGAACCGAGCAGCUGUCAAUAUACAGUAGCGUAGCCAGCCCGACUAUUUGGUCCCGCUAUGCAAAUAUUUUCAUGUUCAUUGACUGUGAAAACAAUCAAUUUCUAAAGAAAUGAAUAAUGAUAAUAAUUUUGAAUUUGCAUAGCGGGACUAAAUUGUCGGGCUGGCUACGCCACUGUCAAUAUAUCUGUUGGCCUAAUGAGUUUAACUUUUUGUUGUAGUCAAGUUAUAAAGGGCUACAUCGAACCAACAGUCAAGAUCAAGUACGCCGUUUAGUUGAACAGGAGGGUAGAACUGCCAGGAACCUUGUGACAUGGUCUGUUCCUGUUAGCGACGAAAGACAAA